CCCUUUAUAACCCCCUCAAUCUCCCACCCAUUUCUUCCAAAUUCAAAACUUCCCACUCUCUCGAGAUGGCUGCCCAUAAUGCUAAUAGCAUUGACAUGGAUCGAGAGAGACUCACGGCGGAGAUGAACUUCAAGGACUCCUCCUCUGCCGUCAUCAGAAUCCACCGACGCCUCCCGGAUUUCUUGCAGUCUGUCAAGCUCAAGUACGUCAAGUUAGGGCUAGGCUAUGGCUAUUCAUGCAACGCCGCAACCCUCGUCAUGUUCGCUGUCCUCGUGCCUUGGUUCAUCUCCUUGCUGGUUCAGUUCACUGGUCUCACGCUCGACCGGUUGUCCCAACUCUGGUCUCACCAGACUGUUCAUCUCAACAGUAACGAUUCUGUCACCCAGCUUGCCGGUUCCGCCGCCUUGCUUGUCUUCAUCAGCCUCUACUGGGCGAGCAGGUCGAGACCCGUCUACCUCGUCGACUUUGCUUGUUACAAACCGGAAGACGAACGGAAAAUCUCAGUUGACUCGUUCCUCAAAAUGACGGAGGAAACUGGUGGGUUUGAGGACGAAACCUUUCAGUUCCAAAAGAGAAUCGCGAUUCGGUCUGGUUUAGGAGAUGAAACGUACUUGCCCAGAGGGAUUAUGUCUAAACCACCGAACCUGAACAUGAAAGAGGCUCGUCAUGAGGCAGAGAAAGUCAUGUUUGGAGCUCUGGAUGCUCUUUUCGAAAAAACAGGAGUUAGACCCAGAGAUAUUGACAUUCUCAUAGUGAAUUGCAGCUUGUUCAACCCAACCCCAUCUCUCUCCGCCAUGAUCAUCAACCACUACAAACUCAGAACCAACAUAAAAAGUUUCAAUCUUGGAGGAAUGGGUUGCAGUGCAGGCUUAAUCUCCAUCGAUUUAGCCAAAGACCUUUUAAAAGCAAACCCCAAUUCCUAUGCCAUUGUCGUCAGCACCGAGAACAUAACCCUCAAUUGGUACUUCGGAAACGACCGCUCUAUGCUUCUCUGCAACUGCAUUUUCCGAAUGGGCGCCGCCGCCAUGCUCUUAUCCAACAAAUCUUCCGACAGGGGCCGAUCGAAAUACCAAUUAGUCCACACGGUUCGAACCCACAAAGGAGCGGACGACAAAAACUACCGCUGCGUUUACCAGCGAGAAGACGAGAAAGGAACGGUGGGCGUUUCAUUGGCCAGAGAGCUGAUGGCAGUCGCCGGAGACGCUUUGAAGACGAACAUAACAACGUUGGGGCCGAUGGUUCUUCCGUUUUCGGAGCAACUCAUGUUCUUCUUGUCGUUGGUUAGGAAGAAGGUGUUGAAGAAUUCCAAGGUGAAACCUUACAUUCCAGAUUUCAAGAAGGCUUUCGAGCAUUUUUGUAUUCACGCAGGAGGGAGGGCGGUGCUGGACGAGCUGCAGAAGAACUUGGAACUCAGUGAGUGGCACUUGGAGCCGUCGAGGAUGACGCUUCACAGGUUCGGUAACACAUCUAGCAGUUCGCUGUGGUACGAGCUGGCGUAUACGGAGGCCAAAGGCAGGGUCGGGAAGGGGGAUCGGGUAUGGCAGAUAGCAUUCGGGUCGGGUUUUAAGUGUAACAGUGCUGUGUGGAAGGCGAUGAGGAGGAUUCCGGUCGGUGACUGGCGGGGGAAUCCCUGGGAGGACUCGGUUCACAGAUAUCCUGUUAAGGUCCCGACCAAGGCCUGAAUGCUCCACGUGGAACGCUAUUAUUGGAUGACAAAGCUCACGCCAGUUUCAGUGUUUCCUUUAUUUAUUUUUAUUAGACAACCAGGCUGGUUAAAAAUCCAAAUCAAAUACAUAAAAAAAAUUAUUAUUUUUUAACAUCUGUGUUCUCGUAAAAUGUCACCUUCGGUAAAGGUGUGAUGGGAUGUAGGUGAUAAGUAAGUGUUGAAACCUUUCUUAUCCAAUGUAACAGAAAAUGUCAAUUGGAACAAUUAGAGUUCAUAUUUUACGUUGAUAAAAUUGACUGACAGAUCAAUUUGUUUCUUC